AUGAGUGAGAAAAAUGAUGAGAACCCCACACACACAAGCGAGUGCGAGGAAUCGUAUAGUUCUGAAGCAACGGAGAGUUACUCCACAAGUUCUUCCGAAGACUCCAUUGAGGAGGGUAAAGCGAACUCAUAUUUAAUUGCUUCGGACACAUUCGACGAAUCAAAUUAUAGUGAUAAAGAACUGAUUGAUAUUUACAGAUCUGCAUACAAUUAUAUCUUAGAAGACUUUUACAACAAGUUUGGGGCAAUGAAGAAAAUGAUGUUAAACAUGACCGAGGAAAAUGAAGACUUAAAACAAGACAAAGAGAAGUUGGUGAAAUUCUGUGUGAGUUCCAAAGAGAUUAUAGAAGAGAUGAAACAACGUGACGACCACCUUACAAAGCAAUAUGCUGAGGUGUUAAAUAGCUAUGAAGAAGAACAAAAGAGUCAUAACAAAACAAUUGAAGAACUUCAAGACAUCAAAAGAGGUGAAAUCUUUGGUGCCAAAUGCGCUCAAGUCGAAGCAUCUCUGCGACUUUUUGUUGAAAACGGAAAGGUCAAAAACAUUGAAGUCUUCAACUCCGCCAAUUCGCUACACGACGACAACUUACUCAAGAUUUCUCUUUUGGAAACAAAGCUCGAACAGUCAAACCAGAAAUUGUCACAAGCCGAAGAAGAGACACAAAAGGUGAUGAAAGAGAAAGAACUUGAAGUCGUGAAGUGUAAACAAAAGAACGUCGAACAGCUCAAUGAAAAACAAAAGGAAAUCGAAGACCUCAAAAAGCGAAUUGAAAACUUUUUACAACCAAAAAGUCCAAGUCUAAGCACUUCAAGUGAAUCAACAAACUCAACAGACUUCUCGAAGCUUGAAAAGGAUCUUUUGACUCAAAACUUCUCAAAGCCUCAAGUCUUAGAAAAAAUACGGAAAAUCAAAUUCCAAAAAAUCGAACAAAACGUCGACAAGAAAUUAUCGCGCAUCACUCUCCCUCCAAAUAGUUUGUUAAAUAGAAACUCCACAAGAGUUUUGGUGAAAGCAGUUCAACCGGGUACAGUGGAAAAAACCGAACAACAUGAAAAGGCUGAAAAGGUGAAGAAAAGUGAACCCAAAAUGACUGAAACGAAAGAAGAAGUCCCGUCCCAGCAAACACAUUCACACUCCUUUUCUAUUACACAGAAACUUGAACACACAUUGAGUGAAAAUCCAAAAGAAAGCAAAUUGGCUUUAAAACUGACUUUAAAUAAAGAUAUUGUUCAGGUGGUGCAAAUAGCAAAAACGAUAUUUUGUGUCUGUAAAGGAAAGAGUAAGAAGUGUAGUUUAAUUUCCAUAUCAGAAAAGUUGGAACAAAAAGUCAUUGAAACUUCGAAGAAAAUUGAACUCACAGAAGACACAAGAAAUUUGGUGUAUUAUACUGAUGGGAAAAUUAAGUGGUAUUCCCCUUCAAAAAGCGCAUUACUAUCAAAGCUUUCACUCCCCAAAUUCCAUCGGUUUGUCAAAAGUUCAGUGAAUGGCGAUGUUCUAGUCGAAACGACAGACAACUCCCUUUUCUCAGUGAAAGAUCACACACUCACAAAACUUGGACAAUCAAAGACUCCGAUUGGAGAGAAUCCAAUAGUUGUGCAGAAUUCGAUAUUCUCAGUCAAAAAUUCGACAUUAGUCCGCACUGACUUAAAAGACGGAACAGACUUUGUAACGAAAUACAUUGGGGGUUCAAACAUCGAAGUUAACAACACACUGAUAUACAUCACGCAGCCAAUGGUCAAUGUCAUUCAAAUUUUAGACUUCUCACUUGCAGUGGUGAAGACUGUGAUUGUGCGCUAUGGGGCUAAUCAAAUCAGUCGAGUUGGAGACUCUGUUGUCUUUUGUGGUCGUAAUCGUCUUGGUUUAAUAGACAAGUCUCAUUCAAUGAUUGAAGACGUUCGUCUCGAAAUUGGUAAAAUCGAUGGUAUUAGUAUCGGUGCAGACUUCUCUACUAUGCAAACGUCGUGUUUAAUGUUCGCACACAAUGAGUUGUUCUCUUACAACCUUCCUGUUCCUCUUCAUUCUUUAGUCAAGAGUGAAGAGCUUGGAGAAUGUGAAAUAUGCAAAAAUGGAGUGAUGGAGGUGGAGUGUUCUUGCUGUCACAAGAAGUACCACAAAGCAUGCUACGACGGCUCCUUAUGUGAGACAGAGGGCUGUUCUGCGUCUCUUCACAACUAA